AUGAAUCGUGGAGCCAUUGUAAAGACUAGCAAAAAGAAGUCCGGAAGCAAUCGAGCUGGCCUGAGUUUGCCUGUGGGCAGGAUCCACAGGAUUUUACGCAAUGGUAACUACGCCAGUCGCAUUGGCACAGGUGCCGCGGUGUAUUUGACUGCAGUAUUGGAAUAUUUAGCAGCAGAAAUUUUAGAAUUGGCCGGAAAAGCUGCCGAAGAUAAUGGCAGAACUAGGAUAUCACCACGCCACAUCUUGCUCGCUCUUCGUAAGGAUGAUGAACUUAAUAGAAUGUUAUCGGGUGUGACCAUAUCUCAGGGAGGAGUUAUACCCAGGAUUGAACCCCAGUUAUUACCUAAAAAAACCGCUAUAAAAAGUAAUCAUUCUAACAACACUAACAACUCAUCAUCACAAGACUACUAA